GGAGCCACAGUCUUGAUGAUUCGUUCUUAAGGACACUUGAUCCACUGCCAGAGAGGCCUAGAAUUUUCUAACUUACUCUGUAGAAGAAUGAAGCCUCUGCUUGAAACCCUUUACCUUUUGGGAAUGCUGGUUCCUGGAGGGCUGGGAUAUGAUAGAUUCUUAGCACAACACAGACAAGAGAUUGUGGACAAGUCAGUGAGUCCAUGGAGCCUGGAGACAUAUUCCUAUAACAAAUACCACCCCAUGGAAGAGAUCUAUCAGUGGAUGAGAGAGAUCAGUGAGAAGUACAAGGAAGUGGUGACACAGCAUUUCCUAGGAGUGACCUAUGAGACCCAUUCCAUGUAUUAUUUGAAGAUCAGCCAACUGUCUGGUAAUCCCAAAAAGAUCAUUUGGAUGGACUGCGGAAUUCAUGCCAGAGAAUGGAUUGCCCCUGCUUUUUGCCAAUGGUUUGUCAAAGAAAUUCUACAAAACUACAAAGACAACUCAAGGAUACACAAGUUCCUUAGAAACCUGGACUUCUAUAUCCUUCCAGUUCUUAACAUAGACGGUUAUAUCUACACCUGGACAACUGAUCGUCUUUGGAGGAAAUCCCGUUCACCCCAUAAUAAUGGCACAUGUUUUGGGACGGAUCUCAAUAGAAAUUUCAAUGCAUCUUGGUGUAGUAUUGGCGCAUCUAGAAACUGCCAAGAUGAAACAUUCUGUGGGACAGGACCAUUGUCUGAACCAGAGACUAAAGCUGUUGCCAGCUUUGUAGAGAGCAAGAAGGAGGAUAUUUUGUGCUUCCUGACCAUCCACUCAUAUGGGCAGUUAAUUCUUACACCUUAUGGCUACACCAAAAAUAAAUCAAGUAACCACCCAGAAAUGAUUCAAGUUGGACAGAAGGCAGCAAAUGCAUUGAAAGCAAAGUAUGGAACCAAUUAUAGAGUUGGAUCAAGUGCAGAUAUUUUAUAUUCCUCAUCAGGGUCUUCAAGAGACUGGGCCCGAGACAUUGGGAUCCCCUUCUCAUACACGUUUGAGCUGAGGGACACAGGAACACAUGGGUUUGUUCUGCCCGAAGAUCAGAUCCAGCCCACCUGUGAUGAGACCAUGGAGGCUGUGCUGUCAGUCCUGGAUGAUGUGUAUGCAAAACACUGGCCCUCGGACAGUGGUGGAAGGGUGACACCUGCCACAGUCCUGCUGGGCCUGCUGAUGUCCUGCAUGUCUCUUCUCUAAGUGCCUUGCGCCCAGGCCUGCUCAACCCCAGUGGCAUGUAUAUGGCUGAAGGAACCAUGUGCUGUGGUUGUAGAGAAACCGAAAAAUUUAACUGAAAAUACUUCCUAUUUCAUUAAAGAAAAAUCAUGUCCA